UCAAGGUCAACUAAAAAUUUAUAUUUGAUUUAUUCGAUAACUCUUCGGUUGUUGCCUGUUAUCCCGUUUUAGAGAUUAGUUUUUAGUAAUUACUAGUGAUAAGACUUGUUGUUUGACGUUAAUAUUGUUUUCGUAUUUAUAUUAGUCCUAACGACAAAUUAUUGCCGGCCUUUUCUUCAUACCUACAUAGUUUCGAGAUUUACGCCGCUCAUGGUACGAUUCUGCACAAAGAAUUUCGUCGCCGUGGAUCAGACAUAAAAGAAGUUCGAUUUCUUAUCAAAAGAAGAAAACAUCAAGGAGUAAUAGUGGAAUGGGAGAUAGAGGUUGGAAACCUUUCGUAUAUGGUGGAAUUGCAUCUUGUGUUGCAGAAUUUGGAACAUUUCCUAUUGAUACAACCAAAACAAGAUUACAAGUACAAGGACAGAAGUUAGACAAGAAGCAUUGCCAGCUUAAGUAUAAGGGAAUGGUAGAUUGUUUUUUCAAAAUUGCCAAACAAGAAGGAUUUGCAUCACUGUAUUCAGGUAUUUGGCCUGCCGUAUUACGACAAUCAACUUAUGGAACCAUCAAAUUCGGUACUUACUACUCUUUAAAAAGAAUAAUUCUUGAGCACAGCGAAGCCCAAGAAAGCAUCACUAUUAAUGUAUUUUGUGCUGUGUUAGCUGGAGCAGUGUCCAGCGCCAUUGCCAACCCGACCGACGUACUGAAGGUGCGAAUGCAAAUUGCCGGAACGAAUGGAAACAGCAGCAUAAGCUUGUUGGAUUGUUUCAAGGACGUUUAUACUCAUGAAGGAAUCUCGGGUUUGUGGAGGGGUGUCAACCCCACUGCCCAAAGAGCUGCUGUAAUAGCUGCUAUCGAACUGCCAGUAUAUGACUUUUGCAAAAUUCGUCUGAUGACUCUACUUGGUGAUAAGCCUUCUAAUCAUUUUAUAUCCAGUCUGAUUGCCAGUUUUGGGAGUGCGAUUGGUUCAACUCCUAUUGACGUCGUAAGGACUCGUCUUAUGAACCAACGAAAAUUGAAAACUUGUGGGAAUCCGCUUCCUUCUCAUAUCUAUUCAGGUACUUUGGAUUGUUUUGUACAGACUUACAGGAAUGAGGGUUUCUGGGCAUUCUACAAAGGAUUUGUUCCCACUCUGUUCCGGAUGGGGCCUUGGAAUAUAAUAUUCUUUUUAACCUAUGAACAAUUGAAAAAUUUGUAUUAGUCGAUUCCCACUUGCACUAGACAGGCAUUUAGUGUACGCUUUUUUGACAAUUGUGAUUCCUAUUGCACCAAUUUUUAUUUAUUUUUACUCUUAUUUUAUGAUGUAUAUAACGAAUUGUAAAAUGAAUAUAACAAUAAACAGACUAUAUACUGUAAAAAAAA